UCGCGAAUUCUCACCUUUUCGUACCACCUUUACCAAAUCAACCUCUCACUUCCAAACGCAAUGGCUGGACGACAAGUCGGAACUUUGGCUGCUGUAGCCGGUCUUGGUGGCAUUGGCUACUACCUGUACAGCGCUGGCGGAGACCCCAAGCUUGCUGAGAAGAAGCUCGAGCACGAUGCUGCUGAGGCCACAAGGAAGCUGAGAGGCGAUUACCCCGGCCAGGACAAGGAGGCGAAGAAGGCCGGCGAGGAGGCUUACGAGACAGCGCGCGCAAAGGCACAGAGCUUGGCCAAUGACGCAAAGGCGAAAGCGGACAAGGCGGAUGCGGAACUCGCAAAAUACAGUGCUGAUGCCAAGAAGAAGUUCGAGGAGCUCAAGAACGAGACCGGCCGUGAGGUCAACGCCGCCGCGAACAAGUUCGACAAGGAGGUUACCGAUGGCAUCAACAAGUCCAAGGGGUGGUUCGGCGGCCUUUUUGGUGGAAAGUGAGCGGCUCGCCGCUCUCGGUUCAAAAGAUUGCACGACUGUCACGGAUUACCACUUCUGCAUGAAACCUUCGGGUUUAGGAGUUAGUUUUGGGAUGGCUUCUCGCCUCAAUUUAUUUAAUUCAGAUUCAUUGCGUUCCUCGUGUUCCAUUGUUCAUGUUAGUCGAUUCGUGAUCUGGAGCACGUGUGCUGGGCUGGAUAGUGUCCGCGAGUGUCUUCUCAAUAACUAGGUAGAUCGUUUCACAUACACCAUCGAGUUUUGUAAGCGAU